AUGAAAACAUUUUUUCCAAAAGCCCCAUAUUGUGUUGCUUUGUUUAAAUCGAUAGCUCAAGGAAUUAGAUUACCACCAGAACCUAUCUUAACACGUUGGGGGACAUGGCUCGAAGCCGCAAUUUAUUACUGUGAAAAUUUCCAAAUAAUAUGUAGCACUAUAAAUGCCCUAGACGAAAAUUAUGCAGAUAGUAUUAAAAAAGUAAAAUUAUGCCUACUUAAACCAGGAUUGGAAAACAAUUUAGCUUAUAUCAAAAGUAAUUUUCAUGUGCUUACAAUGGCCAUUGUAAAAUUACAAACGAAAAACCUUCCAUUGGCCGAUUCACUUACUGUAAUUCAAGAAGUAAAUUCGAAAUUUCAACCAUUAAAGGGAACUCAAGGAAAAGCAGUACUUUUAAAACUACAAAAAGUUUGUGAAAAAUAUGAAGGUCUUAAAAUGGUGGAGAAAAUAUCAAACAUUUUAGAAGGAGAAGAUGAAAUUUUGGAUAUGAAUCAAUUUCUUGAUAAUUAUUCUUGCAACAACUUUGUGUACUUUAAAUAUGCACCGACCACCUCAGUGGACGUCGAGAGGUCAUUUUCAUCGUACAAAACUCUGUUAUCCGACAAUCGAAGAGCAUUUACAUUUGAAAACUUGCGGAAGCAUUUACGGCCGUAUCGCCAGCACCACCCAUCCAUACAUUUUUAUUUUUUUUACGGGGAAUUAGCAUGUAAUUAG